CAUCACAUGAAGUCCUUCUUGUGAAUGACGAGUUUGUGUUGUGAUGAGGAUUGUGACUUUUGGAGUUCCUUUUGUGAUGUGCUGUGAGAGCUUUUAGGAUUCUUCGUGGUAAUUAUGGUUGCUGAUAUCUUAUCAGGGAUUUUCUUCAUUACUUAGAUCGUAAUACGUCGAUUUGUUUCGUUAAUAUCGCUGGUUCUAUAUACCUUGCGUCUGCGAUUCAGGUGUCAGUCUGCGGAGCAAGGGAUGUACGUUUAUAUGUGCUUUGGGCACAGAGUUCAGACAAUAAUCCUAAGUCAGCAGCUUGGUAAUCAUGUUCAUCCACACUACAAGGUCAAUGAAGGAUGUUGCCAAGCAUACAGUCGGUAGCUAGCAGGCAUGGUAGUCCCAAUCGCCAACACAAGAGGUCGUCAUCAAGUGGCGGCUUCUUUGAAGAACCAGUAGUGCCAAUUCCCAUGGCCAGGGAAUGUACAGAAAGUACCGAAUCUAGUCAAACACGCAAUCAUCUUAGUGGACAAAAGCCAAGAUAUGUUGCUGAGGGUAUGAAUGGAUCUGCAACAAAUGAUGGAAGAAAGCCAACAAGAGUCAAACUAAAGAAGGCUCUGAGUCCCAACCACAAGCCGAGUCACUUCUUUGUGCGGACAGCUGGAGGCAUGAGUGUGUCUGUUCCAGAAUUGUCACCUGAAGUCAACAUGUCAGUCAAAGAUCAAAUUGAUUUCAUCCCAGUAGACCCAGUGCCGCAGCUUGAUGGCAGUUCCUUAAGCCAAAAUGAGAGUCCAUUGGUGGAAGCAGCUUCAAGGAAUCAGACUAAUAGAGCGCAGACUUACUUACCGCUCAGUGUUGAACUUGUGGCUGGCCGAGGGCAGACCAGUAUGCCCAGUGAUGGCAACAAGAACAGUGGAAGUGGUGCAAAGGUAAGGAGUCUGCCUCCAUCCCAUACCCUGGCCAUGUCUGCCUCAUUGAUCAAGUCCUACUUCAGCUCAGGGCCAGAGAAGCAGCAGUCUAAGAGUGCAGGAUCUACUCCUGACACUGAGACAUCAGUCAAGACAAAGAUGAUUGGACUGUGGAAUAAUGUAAAAUAUGGAUGGACAGUCAACCUCAAAACAAACUUUUCUCGAGAUGCUCCAGUCUAUCUCCUUGGACGUGUGUAUCAUAAAAGCUUUGGAGAUAUGGAGAAUUCUGAAGAAGAGCUAGAACAGCAUGGGAUAGAAGCUUUCAAGAAGCACUUCCACAGCCUCAUCUGGUGUACAUACAGACGACAGUUCCCAACCCUUCAGAACUCCACCUUGACCACGGACUGUGGGUGGGGCUGUAUGCUGCGCUCUGGACAGAUGAUGCUUGCCCAUGCCCUCAUUAGACACUUCCUAACGCAGGAGUGGAGAUACGAUAAACAUGUAACAGAUGGCCCAGAGGAGGAAAUUCACCGCAGCAUAGUGAGGUGGCUGGGUGAUUCCCCUUCUCCUGACUGCCCUCUGUCACUCCAUAACUUAGUUCAUUUUGGCCAUAAAUUAGGGAAGAAAGCAGGUGACUGGUAUGGGCCAGCGUCUGUUGCAUAUAUAUUUAAAGAAGCUGUAGAAAUGGGCUCUAAGUAUAUCACAGACCUACAGAGAAUUUGCAUCUAUGUUGCUCAGGAUUGUGCAGUCUACAUACAGGAUGUGUUGGAUAUGUGCUCAACUUCAUGUCUGUGCAAUAAGGGUAAACUCACACAGACAGCCAAGGAAGCUGAAGCAUGGAGGCUCCGCAUGAAGCAGAUGGGGAAACCAGGCAGAAACUAUCUGGACCCAUCCUCUCAGGCUUUCAAGAGAGGGCACAUGGAUUAUUCUGGAAGAGAUGGCAAUAGAGUGAAUGGCCAAGAAAAUCACAUGAAUGGUACAAAGAGAGAGGGCCAGGAUGAAAACCUGGCAGGGGACAUGGCCCGAGUGAAUGCAGGGGCAGCUUCACUCUUAGAUGAAAAUCAUUACCUAUCCUUCAGAGACUUGGAAAGGGUUAAACAUUUGAGUUCGAAUGCUGACCACAAGAAUGUGGUAAAGCUCCCCGAAAGAGGCCCUUCUAAUGCCUGUCCUGAAUGUGAUAACUGGAGAUCUGUUUUGAUAAUGGUUCCUGUUAGACUAGGUGGUGAAGGACUAAAUCCCAUAUAUGAAUCUUGCCUUUAUGCUUUGUUCACCCAUGACCUCUGCAUUGGUAUCAUAGGAGGACGACCUAAACACUCACUCUACUUCGUUGGAUUUCAAGAAGAGUCUUUGAUCCACUUGGAUCCUCACCUCUGCCAAGAUGCUGUGAUGGUCACCCAGCCAGUCUUCCCCAUCUCCUCCUACCAUUGCUCCUCCCCACGCAAAAUGGCCCUCUCACGCAUGGACCCUUCAGCCACUUUAGGUUUUUACUGCCACUCCCGAACUGAUUUUCUCCGUUUGAUGGAAGAAUUACCAGAGAUUUUAACUCCCAAACAACCAGGAUUCGACUACCCUAUAUUUGAAUUUGUGGAUGGCCGUUGCGAAGACAUGGAUGCCUGCACACGCCAAGUGUCCACUGAGGACCAAAUGGCAGCUUCAUUACCACGGGACACUCCACUCCUUCCUCAGGAUUCCGAGGAAUUUGUUUUUCUCUAGCAUGUCACAAUGUGGAUAGGGAUGUUAUGUUAUUGUACUGUAAAGUAAUUAUGAUCAUGAUUCUCCCAGGUUUGGUGAGUCCAUAAGGAGUGUGAAGCAUGAAUGGAAUAGACAGGACAGGAGAAUUCAGCUUAGGGUCUGGAAUGCUUGAAACCUUGUGCAGAAAAGAGAAAGAAACGGUUGUUGAGCUUUGUUUGAUUUGUUUUAGUUUCUGAGGAUAUGAUUAGGUUUUGGAAAAUAUACGUUAACCAAAUGAAUAUUUUUCUUCUUUUUUUUUGUCUUCACUUUUUUUUCUUUACAGUUAUUAAGCUUUAAUAGUAUUGUGGAACCAGUAACUUGUUUUUAUUUUUUGGCACCAUACUUUUUUUCAUUUUUCAUUUUUCAUCUUUUUCUUUACAUUUAUAUAGCUUUGAUAGUAUGAUAAUUCAGUGUUCAUCAUGAGAAUAUAUGUUUGAUUAGGUCUAUUUUUUAAAGGACUGAAAUCAUGUUUUGUUGUGUUUGUUAGGCAAGUAAAGCUGGUUUAUUUGUAGACAUACUGCUGUCAAGUGUAGUGUUUUCACAUGAAACCGUCCUAUAAGCUGUAUAGUUAGUUCUGAGAUGUGAGGAAGCUGUGAAAAGCUAUGCGAGGUGUGGAGAUUAACAAAAACAAAAAAUCAAUCGAUUGAUAAAUCUCUUUGUGAUAGCGAAAGAGUGGCUAUAUGGUCUUACAUAAUAGAUUUAUUGAUUAUCUUUUUUUUUUUUGUUUGUUUUGUAUAACUACUAUGUAUAUAGAAGCUUUUGUUUCUUUCCAUUAUUUUGGUUUGUUACUUAUUUGUGUAUUUAUUUAUUUAUUAGUAUUGUUCAUAUUCUAAAAGCUUUGAAGGUUUAUAACAUUAAUGUUUGUGUACAUAUUGCCUAUUAGUGUAAAUCAAGAGCAGUUUACAUAAAUUUGAGCUGUAUCAACACUAAUUUAAUGCUCUUAACGUGUUUAAAGUCUUCUGCCUGGCCAUUGGUGAUAAUGUUUAUGGUUGCAGUUACAGAACAUUUUAGUGAGAGGUCUUGUUUUUAUAUAUAGAUAUAUAUAUACACAACAGGUAUUCACCCUAGACACUGAUAAUUGAACCUUCCCAGCACAGUGACCUCAGUGUACAUUUGUGUAAUAUUAGAUAUAUUUAACUCUACAGGAAUGAUUGUAUGUGUAACAGUUCAAAGUCAUUCACACUCUCUCUCUCUCUCUCUCUCUCUCUCUCUCUCUCUCUCUCUCUCUCUCUCUCUCUCUCUCUCUC